AUGGAAGAUCCAUUGGAUCAACGCAGCGUAAUAAAAGGAAUUCCAACUCCACAAUCGAUGGAGGCAUCAGUUGAGAUAAAACAAGAACCGGAACUGGAUAUGGAAUUGUUGCUGCAGGCAAGCCCAUGGGAUUUCAACAUCAAGGACCCAUUAAAGAAUGAAAUAGAAAUAGGCGAAACACGCGUAACAACUCAGGAUCCGUUUUCCAUGAUACAACAAACUGCCAUCAAAUCUGAACCAAAAGCAGAAGAAAAUGAAGGUACUGAGGACUACAGCCAUCAUAAUGAUUCAAAUAUAAGUGACGCAACCAGUGACACUAGCACAACUAAGGAAAUUACACCAGUUAAUUCCAAGGAAGAGCUGGAUAAACUGGAGGAAUUCCUCAACACUGACAACAAUAUGCAGAGUAUGGCAGAACGCUUGAACAGGUUAAUGUCUGAGCAAGACGUUGUAAAUCGUUUAAGCGAAGCUCUUUAUAUUGUUGUGAAUGAUAAGUUUUUGACGCAGUGUAGUUGGCUAGGUAGUAAAAGAGAAGAGCGAAAGAUAGGUCUAAAACAGUACGUAAAUUUGCAAAAUCUGAUACAGCGUGUGGCAGAAAAUGGCGUGCACAAGCUGGAAAGUGACGAGUUUCAGAUAUUUUUAAAAUUAAAAAUAUUUCAUGCUAAAGAAAGAUUACGCAGCAAGAAUAUGAGGAAGAAUGUUUGUAGAUUUAAAAAAUUUGACAUAAAAAGCAACGAGGAAACCAACUCCCUAGACCCAUUCUUCGAUGCUGUAUCAAUUACGGAAAUUAUACCAGUCACAUCUAAGGAAGAGUUGGCUAGACUAGAGAGAUUUCUCAACACAGAAAGUAAUAUGCAGAGUAUGGUAGAACGCGUAAGCAGCUCACUGACUUCGGAUGACGUUGUAAAUCGUAUGAACGAUGCUUUUCACCAGGUUUUGAAAGUUGAAUUUGUAACGAAGGUUAGCUGGUAUGGUGUUAGCAACCGAUGGGGGAAGAUAGCUUUGAGACGGUACGUCAAUUUUCUAAGUCUGUUACAAUGUGUAGUAGAAGAUGGUGUGCACAGCUUGACAAAAGUAGAGUUUGAGAGGAUUUUAAAAUCAACUAUACAUAGCGCUAAACGUAAUUUACACUCGGCAAAUUUGAAGAAUAGUGUUUGCAAAUUUACAAAUGGUCAUUCAAACAGCACAAGCAUCCAGGAAACCAACUCCAGUGACCCAGUCAUGGAAACUGAGUCAGCUGCGACAAUUACACCAGUCAAUUCCAAGGAAGAGCUGGAUAAACUGGAGGAAUUCCUCAACACUGACAACAAUAUGCAGAGUAUGGCAGAACGCUUGAACAGGUUAAUGUCUGGGCAAGACGUUGUAAAUCGUUUAAGCGAAGCUCUUUAUAUUGUUGUAAAUGAUGAAUUUUUGGUGCAGUGUAGUUGGCUAGGUAGUAAAAGAAAAGAGCGAAAGAUAGGUCUAAAACAGUACGUAAAUUUGCAAAAUCUGCUACAUUGUGUGGCAGAAGCUGGCGUGUUCAGGUUGGAAAAAGACGAGUUUGAGAGGAUUUUAAAAUCAAAAAUAUUUCAUGCUAAAGAAAGAUUGAGCCAAAGCGUUUGUGGAUUAAAAAAAUUCUGCACAAAAAGCGACGAAGAAACCCACUCCCUAGACCCAUUCUUCGAUGCUGUGACGUUUACCGAAAUUAUACCAGUCACAUCCAAGAAAGAUGGUCGGGUCAUCGACACUGAGUCUGGUGAAAAAAUUUCACCAAUCGUAUCCAAGGAAGAGUUGGAUAAGUUGGAAGAAUUUCUCAACGCUGACAACAAUAUGCAAAGCAUGGUACGACGCUUAAGCAGCUUGUUGACUGCUGAUGACGCAAAAAAUCGUUUGAGUGAAGCUCUUUAUAUUGUUGUUAGUAAUAAGUUAUUAUCCAAGUGCAGAUGGCUGGGUACUGGCAAAGACGGACUAAAGAUACCUUUCAAGCGGUAUAUGAAUUUACAAAAAUUGCUACGACUAGCUGCAGACGGUGGUGUGCACAACAUGGAAAAGAGGAAUUUCGAGACAAUACUGAAAUUAAAAAUAUUUCACGCUAAAAGGAGGUUAUUAAAUUUCAAAAAUAUGAGGAAGAGCGUUUGUAGAUUUAGACAACGCAAAACAAACAGCGCUAGCGUUCACAAAACUCCCCCAAUUGACUCAGUUACACACACUGGAAAGGAUACGAAAAUUUCACUGGAAACUAGGUGUACUACAGAGAUAUUUCCAUCACAAACUAGGGCAAGUAAGCAAAUUUCACUAGAAGCUAGGGCAUCAUCUACGAAGAUUUCACCAGGAGCUGGAUCGAAUUCGAUUAUUUCAGAUAUCAAAUCCAAGGAAGAGUUAGAUAAGCUGGAGGAAUACCUCAACACUGAGAACAAUAUGCAGAGCAUGGCGAAACGCUUAAACAGGUUAAUGUCUGCGCAGGACGUUGAGAAUCGUUUCAACGAAGCUCUUAAUUUGGUUGUGGGAGUUGGUUUUCUAACUAAAUGUAGUUGGGUGGGUAGUAGAUUAACAAUAGGAUUACAAAAGUACGUGAAUUUCCAAAGCCUGCUCCGAUUGUUAGCAGAGGAUAGUGUGCACACUCUGAGAAAAGCGGAUCUGGAAAAGUUUUUCAAAAUGAACAUAAAUCACGCUAAAGGCAGGAAACGCACCAAACAACAAAAAUAG